AAGUAAAGUAAAAAACUGUAUACAUUAAAAUAAAUAUAUAAAAAUAUUUUAAAACCCUAAAAGUACAUAACAUGCCGCACAAUCCGGUUAAGCUGCAAAAUAAAUGUAAUAAGUGGUGCAAAAAUUAAAAAUAAAUUUUAAAUAAAAAAGUAAACAAAAUACAAUAAACGUAGUGCAAGGAAAGAAAUCUUGUUAAUAAAAAUGUAAAAAUAAAAUAAAUAUUAUAAUGAAAGUGAUUGCCAGCAGCAAUAAAACCAUUAUCAGUGGUUGUUAAAGCGCAAAGUAUAGCAACAACAACAAAAGCAGGCAACAACCACCACCGCUGGCACCAACUCCUCCACUAUUCACUCCCCAUUAUUCAGUCAACCUAUUUGCUAUUUGUUUCCUUGUGCGCUGUCAAGCUCAAUUUAUUUUAGCCAAAAAUAGCCGAAAUUUUGUCAAAUUUGUGUCGUUGUGUCAAAUUUGUUCGCAAUUAAAAUGCAGUACACAUAACUGCUAAAGUGUCUUAAUAUGAAUGAGAAAAAAAAUGAAAUAUGAAAUACAAAAAAUAAUAAUUAAACAUAAUAUUUUGUAUUAAAUUGCUACAAUAAAAUUAAAUAAUAUUAAUAAAUACAUAAAUAAUAUGAAAGGGAAAAUGUGCUCAUAUUUUCAACGGCGCCAAACACAGCAGACAUCACGACCCACCUAUGUUUCUUGCCCCGCUUACCGAGCCAGCAGUAAAUGCAGCUUACACAUUUGGCCACCACGUUCAUUGUAUGGUUUGUUGUUGUUAUCACUAUUUGUGCUACCACACACAGCACAUGUAGGAGCGCACAAUUGUCAACAUCACCACCCAAAGGCGCACGAGGUUGUGCAUGGAGUGCAGAUUGAAAUGGAGGAAUCGCUACCGCCAAGCCACAACAGCAGCGCAGACAAAGAAGGAGCGGCUCAUAGACUACACAAGCGCAGCGUCGGGGAACAGCCACUGCGGAUUUUGUUAUUCUACGAUGAUUCUGUUUACAAGUGAGUUUACCUUAAGCUCGAAUUGAAGCACGUAGUUGAUAUA